AUGGCGCAGGAGAGCGGACAUCGAGGUCCCGGGGCCCUCCCGUGUGCACAGGCCAGGGUGUCCCCUGCCCGGCCACCCCAGGGGCCCUCUGGACUGAGUCCCACCCAGCACCCUGGAGAUGUCCACUGCUGGGCCACCCCAGCAGUCCCUGCUGCCAGCCGGGACCAAGGACAUGGUUUCCAGGGCAUGGAGUGGUGUGCGGGUGGCAACAAUGCUGGCCACACGGUGGUGGUGGAUGGCAAGGAGUAUGACUUCCACCUGCUUCCCAGUGGCAUCAUCAACAGCAAGGCCGUGUCCUUCAUCGGACCAGGUUCUUCUGGCCUCUGGACCGUGGGCUUCCCCGUGGAGCUGGGCGCCUGGCGGCCUGGCACAUCCGCUGGAGGGCAGCCUUGGAACCCUGCCCAUGUGUGUCACGUACCCUCAGGUCUGAAGGACUGGGAGAAGCGGCUCAUCAUCUCUGACCGGGCCCACCUGGUGUUUGACUUCCACCAGGCAGUGGACGGGCUGCAGGAGGUUCAGCGCCAAGCUCAGGAGGGGAAGAACAUAGGCACCACGAAGAAGGGAAUCGGACCCACGUACUCCUCCAAGGCCGCCCGGACCGGCCUCCGCAUCUGCGACCUGCUGUCAGAUUUCGAUGAGUUUUCCACCAGAUUCAAGAACCUGGCCCUCCAGCACCAGUCCAUGUUUCCCACCCUGGAGAUAGACGUUGAAGGUCAACUGAAAAGGCUCAAGGGCUUUGCCGAGCGGAUCCGACCCAUGGUGCGAGACGGCGUCUACUUCAUGUAUGAGGCCCUCCACGGGCCCCCCAAGAAGAUCCUGGUGGAAGGCGCCAACGCAGCCCUUCUUGACAUCGACUUCGGGACCUACCCCUUCGUGACCUCCUCCAACUGCACGGUGGGCGGCGUGUGCACGGGCCUAGGCAUUCCCCCCCAGAACAUCGGCGAUGUGUAUGGCGUGGUGAAAGCCUACACCACCCGCGUGGGCAUCGGGGCCUUCCCUACCGAGCAGAUCAAUGAAAUUGGAGAACUGUUACAGAACCGUGGCCAUGAGUGGGGAGUGACCACAGGCAGGAAGAGGCGCUGCGGCUGGCUGGACCUGAUGAUCCUGAGAUACGCCCAUAUGGUCAAUGGAUUCACUGCGCUGGCACUGACCAAGCUGGACGUCCUGGACGUCCUGGGUGAGAUCAAGGUUGGCAUCGCAUACAAGCUCAGCGGGAGGAGGACCCCCUACUUCCCAGCUAACCAGGAGAUACUGCAGAAGGUGGAGGUGGAGUAUGAGACGCUGCCCGGCUGGAAAGCUGACACCACGAGCGCCAGGAAGUGGGAGGAUCUGCCUCCCCAGGCCCAGAGCUACGUGCGGUUUGUGGAGAACCAUGUGGGUGUGGCAGUCAAAUGGGUUGGUGUCGGCAAGUCCCGAGAGUCCAUGAUCCAGCUGUUUUAGACCCAACAGAGCUGAGACCGGUCAGACAGACGGACGGCAGACUCCUCCCCAGCCAGCAGCAGCUGUGUGCUCCCUGCCCAUACACCAGCGCCAUAAGCAAAACAUAGGAAAACUAUUUUCUGAACUUUUAUUUUUCUAUGUAAGCCUUCAACUGAACCCACUGAAUUCUAUGAUUUUAAACAUCUGAAAGCCAGCACUGUCUACAUUUUUAAAAACAUUUGUGCUAUCUAAAAUGAGCCUAAGUGCUUGAAAGAGUCGGCACGCAAGCGGCAUAUCUCCUGUGACAACACACGGUCACAUGGCACGUGUCCUGUGAGAACACACGGUCACAUGGCAC